CCCUGGCUGAAAACGAAAACAGCUGGCUGGUUUAAACGCAAUCUGAAAAUGAUUAAAGCUAUUCUUGUUUUUAAUAACCACGGGAAGCCUAGGCUUUCCAAAUUUUACCAGUAUUUUGAUGAAAGUCUGCAGCAGCAAAUCAUAAAGGAAACUUUUCAGCUGGUGUCCAAACGGGAUGACAAUGUUUGCAACUUUCUCGAAGGCGGUAGCUUGAUUGGUGGAUCAGACUAUAAGCUCAUCUAUCGUCAUUAUGCCACGCUGUACUUUGUAUUCUGCGUUGACUCCUCGGAGAGUGAAUUGGGAAUCCUCGAUCUUAUCCAGGUCUUUGUCGAGACCCUUGACAAGUGCUUCGAAAAUGUCUGCGAACUGGACUUGAUAUUCCAUGCAGAUGCAGUUCAUCACAUCCUUUCAGAACUGGUAAUGGGCGGAAUGGUGCUGCAAACCAAUAUGAAUGACAUUAUGGCCAGGAUCGAGGAGCAGAAUAAGCUGGUUAAGCAGGAGGCCGGAAUAUCGGCAGCGCCUGCUCGGGCUGUAAGCGCUGUGAAGAGUAUGAACAUUCCUCAACAAAUCAAAGACAUAAAGUUACCUGACCUGCCACAGGCAAUCAAGGACUUUAAGUUCUGACAAAUUUUUUCGAGAAUUUCCAACAGCAGUCGUAGCACUCUCUGGAUUGUUGUACCGUUAAUGUUAAGCUUCAUUGAUUCAAUGUAUCUCCCCUUACUGAAUAAAUAUACCGAAUAAUUUAAAUACCAACAUAGAAAGUGA